GAUUAGCUUGCAACUCUUCUAGACAAUUUGACAAAAAAUAUAUAUAUAAAAAUAUACAUAUAUGAAAAUAAAAUCAAUUACAAAAUUCCAAGUGUGUCAGAAUAACUCAAUGUUUCGGAAUCGCUUAUUAAAUUGCAAACGAGUGGACCUACAAUGAGUUCGCGCAGAACGGGUGCUGGGCCCACGCUCAACUUCAAAGCGGUGCUGCUGGGCGAAGGCUGCGUGGGCAAAACAUCGCUGGUGCUGCGUUACAUGGAGGACAAGUUCAACACACAGCACCUCAGCACGCUGCAGGCUUCUUUCGUGACCAAAAAGGUAACACUGCCAGAUGAGCAACGCGCCCAGCUAAAUAUUUGGGACACAGCCGGACAGGAGCGCUUCCAUGCAUUGGGGCCCAUUUACUAUAGAGGCUCGGAUGGCGCAUUGCUGGUGUAUGAUAUCACCGAUCAAGACUCCUUCCAAAAGGUCAAGUCUUGGGUACGCGAACUUAAACAGAUGCGUGGCAGCGAGAUUGCGCUGAUUAUUGUGGGCAACAAGACUGAUCUUGAGGACCAGCGCGCCAUUAGCUAUGAGACUGCACUGCGCUAUGCGCAGACGGUUGGCGCACAGUACGUAGAGACGUCCGCCAAGGAAAAUGAGGGUGUCAACGAGCUGUUCGAACUGCUUACCCAACUGAUGGUAGAGCAUUAUGGUAGUAAGCAGCAGAGCGAUACCAAUGCGUUGCGAUUGCAAAAUUCCAGAUUGGCGCCCAAUGCUGGCGCCAUUAGCAUCUCGGAUGACGCCGAGGCGGAUCAAGAGAAUGGCCACGCAGCCGCCGCACACCGCUCCUGCUGUGGCAUCUAGGCUGCCUGUCAGUCGUCGUCUAUUGUGAUAAUACAUAUGUACUAGUAGAUCUGUAAUCGAUGUGUAUUUGUAUAUAAUGCGUGUAUUUAUGUAUCCCCCAUACCAUAUAGUACCAUGUACAAUGUGUUGUUGGCAUGUGUAGAUAAGUAUGAUGUUAUGAAUUACCCAUUUUGAAGGGGCAUCCAAAACUCUGGUUUAGUAUAUUCCUUCUUUGUUUUUGUGUAACUCGUUACUUUAACUCUUGUUUUUCUUUUUUUUUUUUGUUUUUUUUUUGUUUUUGUACUUUUGGAAAUUGUUAAUUAAAUCUUUUUGUAUGCAACAGUCUAUUAAUAACUUGUGAACUUGUUAAUUUCUUAUGGCUGCGCCUACUUUAUCUCUAUAAGUAUGUGGCGAUAAGAAGGUUCAAUAAUCUGCAGGCGCUAUUAAAUUCACAAAGUGUCUCGUGACUCUUCAUAAUGGUUGCCGUACGAGACAAACAGCUUAAAUACUCUGUAACAGGCGUUGUAGAAAAUUAAUUUGGGGUUAUUUAGUUGUAUUUUAGAUACAUUAUACAAAUAUAUUAAACAUAAAUUACCUUGAGAGCUUACUAAAAUGAAAUCAUUUUAUAAUGGUACUAAAUAUAUUUUAACGAUUAAUCUAGUUGAGUAAUGGGCUUUGAAUUAAAACCCAAAAAUGUUUGUUUAACAUUUAAAACGUUUUAAAAGUACACAGAUUGUGCAGGUAUUUCUUAAAUUAACGAAUUAUUAUUUAAGUUAAUAAGUUACUUCCCAUAAUAUGAUAUAAGUGGAAAAAAGUCGAGUCGAGUAAACAGAAUUUUCAACAUUCCAAGAAAGUUAAGUAAUUAUAUAAGCAUUAUACAUUGUUAAAACUUUUUGAAAAAAAAAACCAUAUAAAUAUGACAUUACGGCCAAUGGCCCAUCAUUAGGAGCUAA